AUGGGGACGGCGACUCUCUCUCUCUCAAGUUACGCUGAAUUCCGUUAAUAUUUCAUUAGUUUCUGCUACCCUCGGGAGCAUUCUUUGCAUAACAGAGAACGAUCAGGAGAUGGCAUCCAGAUGUUUCAUUGUUUCAAAUUUUAACCCGCUGUCAAAUUUCGUUGUCGGUGGAAGUAUGAUCACCUUGACACUGUGACCUGAAUUAUCUGAGAUCUAAAAUCAAACCAAAACAUCCGAUGAACUCACGUGUUUCCCGUGAUUAUAAAGGCCCAGCAAUCCCGCCUCGGACGGAUCCUCGCAGUUGCAUUGGAUCGGAUUAGAGAGAUGGCUCUGGAGGCUGGGCACGAGAAGCAGGGACUCUCGGCUGGGGAAGCUCCCUGCCGGUGCCCAGCGUCCAGGAGAUUGUGAGGAAGGACCCCCUCUGUGUCCCCAACUGGUACAGGAGAGGCCGCCUGCAGAAUCCCACGGCAGAGGCCCUCCCCGCUUCCCUUGACGUCCCCGUAAUCGACCUCUCGCUUCUUUCCAGCGGCCACGAAGGAGAGAGACGAUAUCUGGACAGCGCCUGCAAGGACUGGGGUUUCUUCCAGGUACAGAAGCCAACACGCAAUCCAUUUCUGGCCUUCUUUCCCAUUCACAAACAUAGACUAAAUCCCGCCUUGUUGUCGUCCUUCCGCAGAUCGUAAACCAUGGGAUCAGCGAGGAGGUCAUACGCCAGAUGAGGGCGCCCGCGUCUGGAUUCUUCGACCUCCCGAUAGAAGAAAAGAGGAGAUACGCCAUGGCGGCGAACGAUAUCCACGGGUACGGGCAGCUCUUCGUCGUGUCUGAGGAACAGAAGUUGGACUGGGCAGACGUCCUGCACCUGAUCACACGCCCAAGCAAGCUGAAGAAUCUCAAGUACUGGCCGACCGUGGUGUCAAGUUUCAAGUAAGAACGAGAGAAAAUCAUACACAUUAUCGUAACUUGGUAGAAAUUCCAAUUACACAACACCCGACGCUCUGCAAAUCCAUCGCACUGACCGCGGAGGACACGGUUUUCUAACAUCUGCGCUCUCGAUUCCAGGGACGCCCUCGAGGCAUACUCAAAAGAGCUAGAGAGGGUCACCAAGAUGCUGCUCGAAAACCUUUCCCGGUUGAUGAACAUGGAGGACGGCCUGCUAAGAUUGCAUGGGGACUUGACGCAAUCCACGAGAGUAGCUUACUACCCACCCUGCUCCCGGGCAGACGAGGUCCUGGGCCUGGGCUCGCACUCCGACAAAGGUAGUAUCACGUUUCUCCUCCAGGACGACGACGUCACGGGGCUUCAAAUCAGGCACGGCGGCAUGUGGAUCCCCGUCAAGCCGAUGCCAAACGCAUUUGUCGUCAACAUCGGCGACUCCGUUGAGGUAUCCAUCUCCCUUUUUCCCCCUUGA